UUUCCUCAGCUAUACAAGCCAGAGACUCCAAGAUAAAACAAAAAAAGAUUUCUGCUGGGAGUCUAGAGAUUUGGGGCUUGUUUUCUGAUCUCUCUUUGAUAAUGGAUACACCAGACACCCUCCUGUUUGCUGUGAAGGAUUAUGUUGCCAGAGCUGGAUUACCACCCAAAAAUCUUCUGGAUAACUUUGAUGCCAGAUCUAGCAUUGUAGGGAAGCUGAAUAAUGUCAGUAAGAUUGCCUUUAACCCAGAAGGGAUGCUGUUUGCUGUGCGUGGUACAGAGCUUUUCAUGGGAGCUAUGCCUUCAGAUCCAAACCUGGACUGGUUCUCUACUGCCAAGAGAGUGGGCAAAACUGACUGGGAUGGGUUUAAAUUCAUGUUCUUUGAUCCAAAUGGCCUUCUGUAUGCAGCUACCAAGAAAGGGGAGUUCUACAAGGGUCCAGCACCAAGCAAUGAAAACGUGUCCUGGCUUUAUGGCCAAGCCACCAAAAUAGGAACCAACAGCUGGAAUGAAUUUGAUGCCCUUUUCUUUGACCCUAAAGGCAUCCUGUAUGCAGUGACAAGUGACGACAAGCUUGUGAUGAGAAGCCCCCCAACCAAACCAGACGAUAACUGGCUUGAUUCCAGCAAAACCAUUGGAAAAGGAGGCUGGCGCAUCCUGACCCAUUUCAUGGCUUUCACCCUAGAGUCAGACCUGUGGUGUGUGGAUUCAAAGAAUGGCAACAUCUAUAAAGGACCAACCCCGACCGUUGCUGAUACCAACUAUAUUGAAAAAGCAGAGAAACUGGGCUGGGGUUACAAUGUCUACCCCCUCCUUUCCUUCACCAUUGAUAAAACCAUCCAGAGUAUUGUGAGCUUUGAAUUCCUUCCAGAUUCAGGGAAAAUCCUAUCCCAAGGCACAGAGGUGGUGCAGACCCAGAUCUAUAACAACAAGAGCAGCACUCCAUUAAAGCACACCUUCUCCUUCUCCAAAACUGUAACUGAGAGCAGCAGCUUCAGCCAGCAACAUGGAUUCACAGUGGCUGUUGGAUCUGAGAUGUCCUUUAAAGCUGGAGUCCCAUUCAUAGGGGAAACGGAGACCAAGAUUUCCAUCAAUGUGAGCACAACUCAUACCUGGAAUUUCACCACAACCAACACAACACAGACAACCUUCUCAUCCAGCACAGAUGUGGAGGUUCCAGGUGGACAUUCAAUACGUAUGGUGGCAUCGGUGACCAAGGCAGAAAUGGAUGUACCAUACAAUGCCAAGAUCCGCACUUUGUUUGGAUAUGAGACCACCAUCCAGGGAAUGUGGAAAGGGGUCACUCACUAUAACCUGAUGGUCACCCAGGAAGACUACAAACCAUGAGAUGGAUA